GCGUGUGCAUGUGAGAGAGAAAGAGACAGCGAGUGGGAGGCAAGCUUUGUGUGGAGAAACAGAAUGAACGGGCUGUUAUUUUAGGCUAGGGCAUUAAUACACUAGUUUAAUAUUUCCUUCCAUACACAUGUAAAGUGGUAUUUUACGGGUUUGGUACUGAGAGAGGCUUACAUCUGUAUGGCAACAUCGACAUAUCAAAUUAUCAUCACCUCCGCAAGGAAAUAACGGGCAGGGCUGCUGCUGCUGCUACUGGUAUAUUUAUUUAUUUAUUUAUUUAUUUCCCCUCAUGCGUCCUGCAACGCUGUGGGAAACGCGAUCGAGUCAGGCAGCGGUAUCUGAUUUAUGAUGGAUUAAUGGUCGUGUGAGCUGCAUAUGAAAGAAAGGCUUCCAAUGCUGAAUAUGUCCACUCCCAGUGACCUCAAGUCUCCCUGCGUGACACGAAACGGCAUGGUCAAACUUCCCCCCCAGCCCAAUGGCCUCGGUUCGGCCAGCAUCACUAAAGGCACUCCAGCUGCCAAGAAUCGCCUGUGCCAGUCGUCCUCCGUGCCCACCAUCUUGCCUCCCACUAGCCUGCCCUAUCACCUGGAGCCCCUGCCCACAGCAGCCUCACUUCUGGGCCCCGACCUGGACACAAGCCCUGUGACUGCCAUCAAAGCUCCCCUCUGGCAAUUUCCCAAGACCCUGCUGGAGAGACAACUGGUCCUGGACGAAAAGGUGCUGAACCGGCUCUUGUGGUACUUCACCACGGCAGAAAAGUGCAUUCUAGCCCAGGUGUGCAAGACGUGGCGGAAAGUGCUCUACCAGCCCAAGUUCUGGGAAGGCGUGACACCUAUUCUACAUGCCAAGGAACUCUACACUAUUCUGCCAAAUGGGGAGAAGGAGUUUGUCAGCCUGCAGGCUUUUGCUCUCAGAGGCUUCCAGUCCUUCUGUCUAGUGGGGGUCUCGGAUUUGGACAUUUGUGAAUUCAUCGACAACUAUCCGCUGUCGAAGAAGGGAGUCAAGUCUGUCAGUCUAAAGAGGUCGACUAUUACAGAUGCGGGACUUGAGGUGAUGCUGGAACAGAUGCAGGGUCUGAUGCACCUUGAACUCUCCGGCUGCAAUGAUUUCACAGAAGCCGGCCUGUGGUCCAGCCUGAAUGCGCGGCUUACCUCUCUCAGUGUCAGCGACUGCAUCAACGUGGCAGAUGACGCCAUCGCCGCCAUUUCUCAGCUCCUUCCCAACCUGUCGGAGCUCAGCCUGCAGGCCUAUCACGUGACUGACACGGCCAUGGCCUACUUCACCGCCAAGCAAGGCUACACCACCCACACGCUGCGCCUGAACUCCUGCUGGGAGAUCACCAACCAUGGCGUAGUUAACAUGGUGCACAGCCUGCCAAACCUCACCUCCCUCAGCCUGUCAGGCUGCUCGAAGAUCACCGACGAUGGCGUGGAAUUGGUCGCAGAGAAUCUGAGGAAGCUCCGGAGUCUGGAUCUGUCCUGGUGCCCCCGCAUCACUGACAUGGCCCUUGAGUAUAUCGCCUGUGACCUACACAAGCUGGAGGAGCUGGUUCUGGACCGAUGUGUGCGGAUCACAGAUACAGGCCUGGGUUACUUAUCUACCAUGUCAACUCUGAGAAGUCUCUACCUGCGCUGGUGCUGUCAGGUGCAAGACUUUGGGUUACAGCAUCUAUAUGGCAUGAGGAGUCUUCGUCUGCUCUCUCUAGCAGGGUGCCCUCUGCUGACCACUACUGGCCUAUCAGGCCUGAUCCAACUGCAAGAGCUGGAGGAGCUGGAACUGACCAACUGCCCGGGCGCCACAGCCGAACUCUUCAAAUACUACUCCCAGCAUCUGCCGCGCUGCAUGGUCAUCGAGUAGAGCAAAGAGUUUCAUGGGCACCAGCACCCACCACAUCACCAAAACCUCCUCCUACAGACUGAUGAUAAACCCAAUCUUCAUCCUGGACCCACAGGAAGAAUCAACAAGAGAACCUGAAUGGAAGUUUUUUUUCUGGAGGGGUGAAAAGGGAUCAUUGACAUGGAAGACAAAAAGGGAAAUCUGAAAGAAAAGGUCGGGACGGGCCUGGACUGACGAGCGAGAGGGCAAAUGUACAAAGCGCAGUGGGUCAGAGGCUAGAUCUUUCAUUAAAUAACACGACACAUAAGAAUCAGCCCCCACACAUACAUGAAACAUGUUCCUCCACUGAGCUGUGAGACUAGCUUCCGUGUCUCAUCCGAAACUGUUUAUCUUGAAGUGAUAAAGGUGUGCGCUGCCUGUUUGAGCUGUCUCUCAUAUAUCCAGGGAAAGUUAGAAAGGAACCGAAACAUUUAAGGGAAAGAAUGAGGUUAUGGAGCCACUGCAACAGGGUCUGUCUCUUCGCUUUUGUCCAGUGCCAUCCGGGUCUCUCGCUCCCCUCAGUGGUGCUGCCGCUCCAUCUCGGUGUCUGAUCAAGGGAAAAAUCCAGAACCUUAGAGAUGAACAGCUACCUAGAUUUUCACAUCUACGCUACUUGCUUUUUGUCAUGCAGUUCUCUUUUAUUAUUAUUAUUUUUUUUUUUACGCAUUAUUUUUGAUGAGAAGGAUUACUGUGAAACAUGUAUGGUAUGUGUUGGUGGUUUUGGACACUUUGAAUAAGAAGGAAAUCCAGGUACGGUGAAGGUACAGUAUUAAUUGGUACUGUCCUCUGAAAGGAACCAGCAUAAUCAGAAGUCAGGAGGCUAUUUUUUAUUUUUUGUUUCCAGCAGAUUGCUCUUUUAAAGACAUUUCCAGAUAUUUUGAGUUGGGGAGAGCGAGGCAGAUCGGAACUGCUCAUAAAUUUUAAUAUAGUUCAGAGGGACGGUGGAUUGUACAAAAGAUAGCUUGGCUUUUCCAUCUGCCUGUUUUGUUUUAAUUCCAUUUUGAUGUCAAUUGAUAUUAGUGGAUUAUGUGCAGGUUUCCAUAUUAAUCCUGAGUCAAAUGAAAAUGAGAUCUCAGAGUGAUCCCAUAAUGCAGCUGGGCCACGUGACAGCCGUUCAUAGACUGAAACUGCACGUCAUUGCUCACUUGUCACCAGGCCAAACCUUUACAGCUGUGGACAGCAUGGCGGUUCUUCCAUAGUUUCUUACAGUACGGGCGAAUUGUCUCUUUCAGCCCGAGUCCUUUUAAAUACAUCUGGUGAAUAUGGUUUACAGUGAUUUUCAUCAAAUGCAGAGGCAGGCCAGUGUAAUUAAAGAGAUCCCAAACAUCCCACUCAAGCUUAUUACAGUAGUCUCUUUUCAUCUAGCAGUUUUGCUUUCCCAUUAAGCAAUACCCACAUGUCUGCUUUUAGAUUAGCAGCGCCUAUUUAUUUUCAGAAGUGUCGGGUUCUUCGCCCUCACAAUUGUGCUCAUCUGUGGCGCCUACCUCGUUUUAUCAUGGGGUAUGUGGAACACAGGUCCGUAGGGGAAUUUGCUGAAACCGUCAUUUCUUGUUUUCCACCCCACACCAUACACCAUACACCAUACUGAACCCUGCAUUUGUCCUCUCAGGAGAUUAACAUGCUGCUCAGAUCACCUCAGAUGGGUUUGCUUAGAUGUUGAUGACUUUAAUGUUCACCUACUUUACACAGUGUCAAACUUAACACACGCAAAGUGGCAGAAAAUAUGGGGUGGUGACUAAUUUUGGAGUCUUAGAUUGUCGAAUGAUUUAUUUAAAAGCAGUCCCUAAGUCCUAACUAGCUAAAUGUGUUUACCUCUGAAUUUUCGAAUCAUCUGUGGACCGAUAUGGUAGUAGUGCAUGUAAUUUGGUACUUCUUUCUUCAGGAGAGUGUACAGAAAUGUACUUGUUGACUGAGAUUUUAGCCAUGCUGUCCCACUCAAACCACGGCUGGUGAGUGCCCCUGCUGGUACAUGCCUGAACUACAUCAUCUAGAUGCAAAAAGUGUAUCUCUACAUCGUUGGCCAUCCAAAAUCAGCAACAUAUUUUGACUUAUUAACUAUAUUUUAAAAACAAACGAUCAAGAAGUUAUGGCAUUGAGGAACCAUAUUAAGUUUUCCCAAAGAAAUCUUACAGUGUACAGUUCUUUUUAACAACUAUUUUUGCCAGGAAGGAACCUUUAUUUUGUGGACAUUUGAGAACAAUAACAAUUUGAAUCGAUUGCUAGCUUUCUCCAGGUAUUAUAAACGUCUUAGAUUCACACAUUAAGCUAAUCUUACUCCAUAAAGUAUAGAACAAACAGAUGUAAACUAUGUCAGUCCACUCUUAAGAAAAAAAAAAUACAAAUGUUGUCACUGGGGAGGUACCUACCUUUUCUAAAUGCACACCGUUGCACCUUAAAAAGCUCAUAUUGGUACCUUAAAUGUACAUAUUAGUACCUAAAGUGUAGAUAUUAGUACCUAAAAGGUACAAAAGUGUACCUUUUGAAAAGCUACUGCCCCAGCGACAGCCUUUGUACCUUUUUUUCUGAGAGUGUGUAAUUCCAGCAUCACAGUCUUUAAGUGGACACUUCACUAUCCCACUCUAAAUUCACUAGGCUUUAAAGAUAACUGAUUAUAUCUACUAAAAGACACAUUAGCACUCACCUCAGACAGUGGAUCUCUCUUCUUGGUGACCUGUUUAAUGGGGGGUCACAGCUAAUCAGGGUCAGCGGCUGCUGGUUACCCAGAUGAGAUCCCCUGAGACUUUUAAUCUCACAACCUUGUGUGACUUUAUCUCUUGAAUCAUUGAAGUUGUUACGUAUUUAUUUGCUUUUACUUAUCAUUGGUAGUGGGUUAAUUUAUUGACACGAUGCACAUAUUUAUUUAUCUAUUUAUUACAUUUCCGAGGAUGGUACUAGCUUUAUUUAGAAGUAGAACAUGAUUUAGAUUUGUUAUUUUAUUAUGGAAAUUGGAGUUGAGCUUUAUUCGAUUAUUUGUAGGGUUAGAAUAACCGCGGUCUCCGAGGCACGUGCUUUUUUUGUUAACACACACCUGACAGAAGAAUGGAAGGGCAAUAACCUGUUGACAGAGGCCUGGCUGACAGUGAGUUGACCUAUUUCUAGCCCGACCGCUGCCCGUUUUCUCGUGUUUACUGACUAAUCUAGUUCACCUCUUUUGUUUGUGAUUGUAAAAUGGAUGUAAGGUGAGAGAUGCUGUCAUAAAGUCUAGUAUCCUAAUAGUGAAUCGGCAUUGUGUCCAGGACUGGAUGUGAAAUAUACUACACUUGUUCAUAUGCCUGUGCUGAAAUUGUAGCUCUGUUUGGUUGCUUUAAGGUAUCCUGAUAACUAUUAAAAGGCAGUAUUUACAUUCAUUUGAUAGUCUUACAAAGCAAGCAGCACGAUUUGAUUUCACAAUCGCAAAGAUCUGAAGGAAAUCCCAUCAAAGCGCUUUUCAUUUCGUAUGUCUCCAUAACAGAAACAACCAUUUGAGAUGAAUGAAAUAAAGAGAGAUUAUUAAUAUAUCGCGAAGGCAUUGCAUAGUAUUUGAGGACAACUGUAUGAAACUGUCGGAGAUGUUGUAUUAAUCUUGUAUAAAUACUAUCGUUUUCACUUCCAAACCGAGCCUUUUCCCAUCUUUGUAUAGAAUGAGAGUUUAUGCGUGUGGGAACUUUUUUCACAGGAUAGAACCCUAAAUAUAAGUAUGAUAACUCAUGCACUAACCCCACUGUAAUCUGUAAAUAUCUAUCAAUACGUCGAGGUCAUAACUGUUUUCCAGGCUGCCUGGCUCUACGCACGCACGUGAGAAACCUGAUCAAGAAAGAGGCAAGAUAUGCAAAAAAAAAGGUUCAUGUCUUUUAGUGAUGAGUAACAUCAGCAAUGGAUCGUAUAGAAGACUUAAGCUUGUUUCACUUUGUAUGUUGAGCUAAUAUCAAAGACAAGUUAAUACGGGCUAAAUGCAAGAACAUGAACAGAUGUUUAUUGUGUGUCUACAUUGCCUUCCUCAUAUGAUCGAGGCAGGGAGUCAAUGAAGUACUGGUGAAUACUACUGUGCGAAUUUCGCUUUAUUGCCAGAUAAAUCUGACUGGCAGAUAUGGAGUGCUUCUGUCUGAUUUACACUGUAAAUUUAAACCAUUUUCAAGGCCAGUUGCCAUGAAUAGUGUUCCUCUGAUCUUGCUCUCUGAAGGUUUUUACUAGCUUAUCCCAUCCAGCGUGUGUUGGGAGUUUCUGUUCACCCUCCAGCUUGCUUUCAACUCUAAAUGUCUGGCGCUUCUAGUUGUUAAGCGAAUAGAAUAAACCAUCUGUAAAUCAUCACCUCUAACUCUUCCCAACUAACAUAUGUCAGGAUUGUUUCUUUUAUAAAAUUUGAGAAUGACAUGAUUCAACGACAGAAAACAGCUCUUUUGUUGGCUCUUUGUAUGUACUUGUACAUGUAAUACUAAACCAAUAUUAGUAAUGCUUUUGACAUUCAUACAGGGUCUAUAACAACGACUUUUAUUCUGGUGCAAACACUUGGUUUGGGUGACUGUGGUACAACAGCCUAUAAUGAGCAAUGUUAAAUAUCUGCCUCACGCUGAUUAGCUCAAAUGUUUCUCGCAUUUCUUUGGUAUUUGAUUUCUCUGGCGUGCCAUGGGCAUGUCACAGUUCCCAGUUCUUUAGGGGACAUUUCUUUCUGUAAAUACUGUUGUAGUGGUUAAUUUUAAAUGAAAGAGAAAAAAGACAAAAGUUUUAUGAACUCCAUCUCAUGGCUGCAGUGCCUUGUCAGACAAGCGUUGUUGUUUUCAGUUGGUUGGUUCCAGUCUGCACCGUUUUAGUAAAAGUUGUACAAAAUAA